GCGGGAUAUUAGCUAUUUCUUAGCGCUAAUUCUUAUGCAUUAAAAAUAAAAUAAUAAUUAAACUUGACGUUACGCUGAGGUUGAAUCCUUAGUGAAGGAUUUAUUUGUGGUUGAUCCUUGAUGCGCUGGCAACGUCUGAUUGGAUCGGGAAAGGGAUGUGUUUUGUGAGGGGAAGAGAAGCCGAAGCCAUCAAAAGAUUUCGAGUUUCUGAGCUGUAUGAUGCAGCCGGUAACAGCCGAAUCAGAUCCACAGUACAUCGGAAUCCGCCGAAUUCUUCUCCCCCGGAAGUCCGAAUCCGGCGCCAUCUCUCGUCGCUAUGUGAGCUCUCUCUCUCUCUCUCUCUCUCUUUAACCUCUCACUUCAAACCGUUGAGCUUGCUAUCUGAUUGUUGUUUCGUUGAAGGAUUUGAGAUGCAAUGGCAAAGGAUAUGUAACGAAUCUCGCUUCUCUCCUUCUUCUUCUUCCUCCUCUUUUGCGUGUAGUCUAUCUCUUCCUCUGAAACUCUGUUUUUCCUCCGAUCAAACUCCAGCGGUGAAAUCUUCAGGCUUUCCUUUCUACAGUCCAAGCCCUUUGCCUAGCCUAUUCAAACCCUCGGCGGCGAGCGCGAGCUCAACGCCUCUCCGCAUCUUCAAGAGACCUUUCCCCCCUCCUUCCCCUGCUAAGCACAUACGCGCUUUCCUCGCGCGUUGCAACGGCUCCACCAACAAGCCCAACAAGGUCACGAUCCCAGGGAACAGUGGUCGAUGGUUACCUUCACCAGGUCCACUCUCCCAUCAGUUUGAAGCAGAGAGCUUCAGUUCUAGUAGAGAUUUACGGAGUGCUAAUCAGGUUUCGAGCCGGAGAUUGAGUUUUAGCUCGAGUUUCAGUGAUGGUGAUCAUUCCUUUCGCCGUGGUGGUGGUGGUUUUGAACAUGCUUAUUCUUUCGUGGGAAUGCAUUGCAUCUUCGACCAAUGCAAAUCUUCUGUUACUGUUCUGAAGUUUGGCCAUAUGAGUUCUGAUCUACUUGCAUAUGGAGCAUCAGAUGGGACCUUAACUGUUUGUAGUCUCUCGCAAGAGCCUUCUGUCCUCAAGCAGUUGACAGGCCACUCAAAAGAUGUCACAUGUUCGAUUCACUCGUAUUGUUUCCUUUUGUCUUUUUUUUUUCCUGUAUCUUGGGUAAACACCUGCCUGCUUCUUUGAAUUCAUGGCUUGUUUUGAGUUGGAAAUUGUAAAGAAAUUAUAUGUAAUAGAUAGAUCAGCUAUGGAUUCCAUAUUGAGUAACACCAUUGGACAUACAUUUUAGAGUCAAAUCCUUAACUAUUUAAAA